GUGUGCGCAGACUCUGAGCAGAAACUCUGAGCAGAGAAGCAACUGUGCAUGUGCGACCGAGAACACUGCAUCGGUGCCCGCAGUUGGUAGAAUGAUUAUGUUACAAGAGCACGAACAUAACCGCCUUACCUGUGAGGGGUUAGGCAGCAGCAGCACAGCCUGACGCUGCAUGGUGUUUUUGUUCAUUUGCGAAUUCGAACCGGGUGAAAAUUGCAAAGCUGCUUCACCAUUUCAAGCGCUUUUGACUUCUGAGCAAUGGUCCAAGCAUCCUCGUUCAGUAUUAAAGUUCCAACAGCUUGAGACAGCGACUUGUUCAGAAAGGCCCCCCCCUAUGGCAAAGUCCUUGUAUAAGAUGCGUUUAUGGAUACCAUAGCUUGCAAGGGCCUCGGCUAAGCUUCCGAGGUACCUCGCGACGAAAUGGCCGCGACGACCUUUGUGCAGCUUGACCCGGAGGAGCUGGUCUUCCGCGAUGUCAGGCUGUCGCAGGUAUACACGCAGACCCUUCGUGUGACAAACACGCUGCGGGCCCCAGUCGAGCUGACCGUAAAGCCUGGCAGCAGCGAGCGAUACACUGUAGUUCCCGGCACCAUUCGACUGCGUGGAGAGGAGACGGCUGCGGUGGAGGUGCGCCUCCGUGUGCUCCGUUUUGCGCAGCGGCAGAAGGCCGUCGAACAGGGGCACCGCGACGUGUUCCACAUCAAGGGCUCACACUUCGACCAGAAGUUCCAUUCCACAUUCUAUAUGAUGCCAGAUGGGGCGGACCAGAUCGCGGGCGCUCGGGCCAGGCCCACAGGCGGUACAGCUGCAGGGGGCGCAGGCCACUCCCGGUCCCCACCGGCCUCGCCCACACGCCCACGCCGCGCGGUGACCAAGAGUGUCAGCUUUUCGGAUCCCAGUAGCCCACGUGGCGGGGACCCCAGCCGCUAUGCGCCGGGGCCCACAGGCAGCUCUGACACCGGUAAUCGCGGCGGCUGGGGUGCACAAGGGUUGGAGGCGGGCGGUGGCGGCCAAUCGCCGCCGCAGCACGUGCGCGGCGGGCUGCGGCAGGCGCUUUCGGGGCUGCGCUCGCCGCAGAAGGGGGCGGCUUUCAGCGCCAUGGAGUUUGGAGCUCAGGACGUGCAGCGCGAUGCGAUAGACCGGGCAAAUGUGGGCGGCGGUGCGUUUGCGAGUGGCGGCAUUGCGCGGCUCGGCGAGCAGCUGGGCGUGAGCGCCUCCAUCGACUUCGGCAAGCUGCGUGGCAAGGCCGCUGCAGGGGACUCGCAAGGCGCAGCAGCAAUGGUCAUGAGCGGAGCCCAGGCGCCGGGCGGCAGCAACAGUUUCAGCCUACCGUCCAGGCCACCUCGUGCUCCGUCACAGUCGCUGCCGCCUUCGCCGGGGCGUGACGAUAGGACCGCACCGCUGCCUCGGCCUGCGUUGCCGUCUGUGCCUGUGCCGUACACCGGCGGCCAACAACAGCAGCAGGGCGCAACAGCUGAGCAGAACCCACACCCCUUGCUGCAGCGUGCGCGGCAGCAGCAAGCCCCUUCCUUCCAGCAGACGCGGGCCGGCCGUGACAGCUUGCCAGAGCGUGAGGCAGUGCAGCCGCUGCCUCCUUUCCGCUCGCUUGAGGACGCCCGGACAAGCCGCGACAGCGAGUCCCCUGGGCGCAGCGUCCAGGGCAACCGAUACGGUGGCGCGUCCAGCAGUCCCCAGCAACCUUUGCUCAUUCGUCCCGUGGAGGUGCGAGACCUGCUGGGUGGUGUGGGCACCGGGCCCGGCGGCAUGAGCAGGGCGGAGUGGCAGCAGCGGCGCCAGGAGGAGCAGCAGCGCUCGCAGCGGCGCGCACAACAGGACGAGGAGCAGGCUCAGCAGCUCAUUGAGGAGGAGACUCGCGUGUUGGGCCUGCACCUCCUCCGCGACAGCCUGGACUCCCUGGGCAUGGAGGCAGACCGCCUGCGGGACCGUUCCCUCAGCCCCUCGCCGAUGCCUCCCUGGCGCCGCGGUGACUCACGAACGGGCUCAGCAGCCGCUCACUCGGCCUCCGACGACGAGCUGGAGGACACUGCGGCCAGCGAGGAUGCGGCGCGUGCAGCAGGUCGCGGCAGAGGCCGGGAGCCGGCGCGCAGCCGGAGCAGGAGCAGGAGUCCGGAGGCGAUGCUGCUGGCGCCCCGUGACCGACUUGCAGAACUUGUGGCGCGUCGGGCGGGCAUUACCAGAACCGCAGCAGCCGGCAGCGGGCAGGGCCUUGACCGCAGCGCGAGUGCGGGCGUUAGUGGCGGACGUCGUUUCACUGCGGCGCUUCUGCAGGCCUCGUCAGGGACAGACGGAGCCAGCACUGGCGCUAACACAGGCCAAGCGCAACACGCGCCGCCAGUGCAGGAGCCACAGGUGCUUCAGCAGCCAGCACCGGAGCCACCCCCGCCGGCAUCGUACUUGCAAUCAGGCCAGCGCCAGUAUGGGCGGUUCCUCAGCGCCCAGGCAGCGCGCAGCAAUGCACCAGCGCCGGCGCAGCCACCUGCUGCGCCGUCGGCGCCAACCCAACCUGGCACUUAUGGCAGCAGCCGAUCGGCUGUCACUAUAGUAGGCUCGCCAUACACUCGCAUGAGUGGUGGCACUGCCGCUGCUGGGACUGCCGCAGCAACCACCGACCCCGUCAGCACCGCGGCGGCCGUGGGCAGCCGGAUUGCGACCCAGUCGCCGUCACUCGCGUCGCCAUAUGUGCUGCAUCACGCUGUGCGCGGCGCGAGUGCCAAUGCUGGCGGUGGCGGAACCGGUGUUGGAGCGGCCAGCCCGGGUCACACCGACGCCCUGGAGCUGCAGCUGCAGCUGCGCGCCAUGGAGCGGCAGCAGCUUUCCAUGCGGCGCACCAUCGAGCAGCAACAGGAGGUGCUAAAAGACAAGGAGGAGCUGCUGAAGGCGCUGCAGGCACAGCUGCAGACGACCAGGUCACAGCUGGCGUCAACGGCGUCGCCACGAAAAGACAUUGCCACGGAGCAGGUGGCCGCGGAGCGCACUGCCCUUGCCAACGAGCGCUCGGCACUGGCGGCGCGACUGGCGGAGGCGGAGGCAGCGCUGCAGACCAGCCGCGAGGAGUCUGCGGCGCUGAGGCGGUUGCAGCUGGAGCUGCAGUCGCGGCACCCGGAGGUCACCCGAGCAGUGGAGGCGGCGGUGCGGAAGGAGCAGGCGCAGCAAGAGGACCGAAACCGCAAGGCGCUGGAAAUGCUCAUGGUUAAGGACAAGCGCAUUGAGGAGCUGGAGGCGCAGGUUGAAGACCUCCAGCGAGGCAGCGAGCGGCUGCGGGGCCAGGUGGCGGAGCUGCAAGAGCGGGCGCAGGCGGCAGAGGACCAGGUGAUAGCCGUGCUACGGCAAAAGGAGGCGCUGGUGGAGACCUCACAGCGGGAUCGCCAGCAGGCAGACCUCAUGAUCGCUGACCUGGAGGCGCGCCUGGCUGACGGCAAUGACCUCGCUGUCGAGCUACUGGCAACUCAGGAGGCGCUGGCGGCGUCGGAGCACCGGGCGGCGGCGGCCGAGCAGCAGCUCGCGGCAGCUGAGCACCGCGUGAUGCAGGCGGAAGCCAUGGCGGCAGGCGUCGAGGCGAUGCAGCGGCGGCUGUUUGACCAGCGCGACGGCCACGUCGACACCGCCCUGGCCAUGGCUGAGGAGCUGCGGGCCAGGAGCGUGUCGCUGCAGGAGCACCACGCCGAGGCCAUGCGGCUGCAGGCGGACGCGCACCGCCGCCAGGUGGCCGAGCUCGAGUCGCGGAUCUUGGAGCUGGCUGCGGAGCUGCAGACCGCCACCGACCAACACGGUAGCGGCGAGGGCGCCUCCAGGCCCCGUCCUCGCACAACAGAGUCCACUGGCACGAGCCGCCAGGCUGCUUGCCGGCAUCAGCCAGGCGGCGCGCUGCUUGCGGGACAGGAUGAUGAGCUCCUGGAUGUAUCGCUCGGGGCCGGCAUGGCGGCUGACCCUCGAGACCUGGUCAGCGCCAUCGCAUCAGGCGGCAGGCCAGCCACGGGCGCCGGCCAAGGCGGCGCCGGCGCCAGCCGUGCGGCUGGCCAGCAACGCCUCGGAGAGCUUCAGGCCGCCAACGCACGCCUGCAGGCCGAGGUGGAGGCGCUGAGGCGCCAGCUCUCGUCUACCACUGCAUCCCAGAAAGGCAAGGGAAAGCAGCCAUGCCGCGCAUGGGACCAGGCUGAACUCGAGCGGCUGCGUGCGCUGGUGGCAGAACGGGACAUCGAGGUGGCUGACCUGGGCUCGCAGCUACAGGUGCUGAAGGCCCGGCUAGCCGUCCACGGGGCGGCCGGUGCCGCUGGCGGCCAGGCAGGCGCAGGUGCCAGGUCGGCAAGGUCACCAGGGGCUUCGCCAGGGCCCGCGUACCGCGCCGGCGGCCGCGGUACGGCCGCGUUCCUGUCGCCGUCCCGUGAGCGCGCGGCGGCAGGUGGUGCAGGCGCUGGUAGCGGCCCGGCCGGUGGCAGAGCUCAGUCGGCUGAGCGCGAGCGCGGGGCUGUGGCUGGUGGUGGUGCAGGCAGCAGCGAGGACGCGGCUGUGAUUGAGACGCUGCGCAGGCAGCUGGCCAGGAGCGACGCGGCGCUGCGGGGCGCCAAGGAGCGGCUGUCCAUGGUGGAAGCCCGCGCUGCCGUUGCCCAUGAGUCUGCUGGAAAGGGCGAGCAGCAGCUGGAGGCUGUGCACCGCAGCAUGGUGGGCUCGGCGCUGGAGCACGAGCGCCUGCAGCAGGAGCUGGAGGCGGCGCGGGGCACGGCGGCGAAGCUGAACGGGCGCAUCAGCGACCUUGUGCUAGCAGAACAGGUGGCACGUGCCGAGGUGGAAGCUGCCAAGGCGAAGCUUGGUCGGCUGCAGGAGCUGCACACCGCGGACGUGUCGGAGCUACGGCAGCAGCUGGAGCGGCUCACCGACCACGUGGCUGCCUCGCAGCCCGAGGUUCUACCGGUGCUGCUGGGGCCGGCCUACGCCGCCCGUGCUAGCAGCACGCCUGGUCAGGGAGCGGCUGCCAACGUCGGCGUGCAGCAGGAGCCCAGCAUGUCCUCGGGGGCGAUGCCCACUGCGGUUGCGGGCACUGGCCAGCCACUGGGCGGUGAUGCGGUGACGCGGGAGGCGGAGCUGGAGAAGGCAGUGGACGCGGCAGAGACGGCGGUGGCGGUGAUGCAGGCGCGCCUGCUGGCAGCGCUGAAGGAGGCGGCGGAUGCAGCUGAGGAGGCGGGGCGCGUCCGGCGCGAGGCAGAGAGGGAGCGCGACCGCCUGGAGGCCGAGGUGCGCGCUGCCCGCGAGGAGGGCUCCCUGCGCAUCCGCACACUUGAGGAGUCGGUCGCCCGGCUGGGCGCCCGCGGCGGCGAGGCGUCGCAGGCGCUGGCGCGCUCGGCGGCUGAGGCGGAUGCGGCGGUGCGGCGCGAGUCGCGGCUGCGCUCGGAGCUGGCACUCGCGCAGCAGGCCACGCAGCGUUCCAACACGCAGACCGCCGAGAUCAGGCUGCGGCUGAAGGAGUGCGAAGCCGCGCUGCGCGAGGCGCAGGUUUACGGCGGCCUUCUGCCCUUCCUGCACGACGUCACGGCAGGAGCCUCGCCGCCAGACACUGGCCCUGCCGGGCAUCACGCAGCGCAGGCGGUCGGCGCCCGCCCGGCCGGAGGGCUGCCAGCCCCUUCGGCUGAGGGUGCCGGCAGCAGCGGUGGUGGUGCCGCCAGUGGCGCCGUGAGCUUCCACGUCCUGGAUGCGCGGCUCGAGGUGAAGCUGCGGCAGCAGGCGGCGGACAUCGCGCGCAAGCAGCAGGUCAUUGCCCGUCUAGUGGAUGUAGCGGAGCAGGCGCAAGGAGAGGCCGCGGCCGUCAAGGCCGAGCUCGACCGGCUCAAGCAGGCAGCGCCCAACCCCAAGCAGCCGCUGCAGCAGCAGUAUGCAGAGGUGCAGCGGCGGCUGGGAGCAAUCGAUGCGGAGCUGCGGGCCUGCAAGGACGCCAAGGCGUCAUGCGAGCUGGAGGUGGCACGACUGCAGCAGCAGCUGGCGGAGCGGGUGCGGGAGCUGGACCUGGCGGCGGAGCGACUGGCUGGCUGCGAGCGGGAGGUAGCAGCCAAGGAGGACGCUGCGGCUCGCAAGGCCAUUGAGGUCCAGGGCGCAAUGGGCAAGGAGGCGGCUGUGCUGGGCCGCCGGGUGGCUGAGGCGCAGCGGGCGGCGGACGACGCCGAGGCGCGGGCGCGGGAGGCUGAGGCGCAGAUGGUCAACCUGAAGGCAGAGCUCACGGAGGCACGGGCCGAGCUGGCGUCUCAAGGCACAGAAUUGCGCAAAGCCAAACUGCAAUUUAAAAAUGAGCGGCGAGCAGCCGACGAGGCGCUCCGGCAGGCCAAGCGGGCUGCGGAGCUGGCCAAGGCUGAGGCCGAGGAGCGCCGCUCCCAGCUGUCCGUCCUCAUGGAGACCGUCGAGGUGCUGCAGGCCGGCAGCCAAGGAGAGCGUGAGCAGCGCAUCGUGUCUCUGACGGCGCAGCUCACGGCUGCAGCCAACCGGGAGAGCGUGGCCGAGCAGCGAGCUCAGGCACUGCUGGCCGACGCGGACGCCAGCAGCUCCGCGGUGCAUCAGCUGCAGGGUGAGGUGGCGGACCUGGAGCAGCAGGCGGCGCGGCUGGAGCAGGAGCUGGCCGCCGCCGCCUCCAGCCGCCUCACACUGGAGGGCGAGCUGGCGGCCGCGCGCGCUGACGUGCGGUCCAGGGAUGCCGAGGCGCUGCGCGGCGCCCGCGAGCUGGAUGACCGCCAGGCGCGUCUGGACCGGGUGGAGGGCGAGCUGGAGGCGGUGCGGCGGGCGCUCAACGACUGCUCGGCGAGGCACACCGAGCAGCUGGCCAGGGAGCGUGAGGAGGCAGCGGCGGCAGUGCGGCAGGCUCGGGCCGAGAGCAGCGGCGUAGCAGUUGGCCAUGCCCAGUCAGCUCGGCUUGAGAAGUUCCAGGCGUCACUGGACGAGGUGGUAGCAUGGAUUGAGUCCCGCGUGCCGCCGGCGCCCGCCGCCGAGAGCACUGCCGCUGGCGGCCCGCUGGCUGUGGAGCCCAGUGCCCCGGCGAGUUGCUGGGUGGUCGCCACACUGCAGCGCCUCAAGAUGCUGGCGCUGGAGUCGGAGCGCUCCUUCCUGGGCGCCGCUACCGACGCCCGCGUGUACCGACAGGAGAGCCGUUGGGCGUGGGGGCGUGUGAAGCGACUGCAGUCGGCGCUGGAGCAGCGCACCGGCGAGUGGCAGGUGGCACAGGCGCGGGUACAGAUGCUGGAGCGUUGCGUGUCCCGGCGCAGCGAGGAGGCGGCCAUGCACGCUCUGGAGGUGGUGGCGCUGCAGGACCGUCAGCUGGGCGCGCUGCAGGAGCGGCUCACCGCGACCAUGGGCAAGCUAGUCGUCGCCACGUCCCAGGCUGCGGGCGCGGAGGCGGCAAUGACGGCGGCGCGCGCCACCAUCGCCGCUCUGCAGCGGCAGCUGACGGCGGGUGGCGCGGAACGCAAGGAGCUGGCGGCGCGGCUGGCGGCGGCGGAAAUGGAGUCCUCAGGCUGUGCUGAGGCGCUGCAACUGGGUGCCGAGGCGGCCCUGGCGCAGCGGGACCUGGCGCUGCGGCAGUACUGGGACGCGCAGGUGUCGUCGCUGCUGGCGCGGCCCGAGGUCAAGGACAAAGUGAUGGCGCUGGCCAGAGAGGUGUGCGCCCUCAAGCUAUCAGAGUCACAGCUGCAGGCGGCACUGGCCGCAGCCCGGCACCGAGGCGAUGCAGCGCAGCAGCUGGCAGCAGCUCGGGCGGCGUCCCUGCGCGCAGCUGAGGACUCCGUGGAACACUUGGCGCAGCAACAGCUGGCGGCGGUGUCCAGCACCCCGACAGGCGCAGAGGGCGGGGCCGCAAACCAGCCGCUGUCGGCCCUGACCGCUGGCGGUGCUGCCGCCAGUGGCCUGAGCCUGGAGGUCGCUCGGCUGUCCGCGCAGCUGGUGGCGCAGACGCACGAGAUGUUCCGGCUGCAGGAGUCGGAGCUGCGCGCAAAGCAGGCCCACGAGCGCCGCGAGUCUGACCUGCAGGAGCUGCAGGCGCAGGUGGCGGCGUCGGAGCUGCUGCUGUCGCAGGUCCGCGCGGAGAGCUCGGCGGCGCUGCUGGCGCUGCGCGAGCAGCUGAGCGAGGCGCACGAGCAGGACCGCGAGCUGCUGAUGCGCGAGCUGCGGGAGCUGCAGGCACGCCUGGUGGCUACACACAACUUGGCCGCCAAAGAUGUUGAGGCGGUGGAGCAGCGCAUUGCGGAGGCGGCCCAGGCUGCAGACGCGGCUGUGGAGCAGCGCGUGUCCGCGGCGCUGCAGGGCCAGGUGGACGCCACGCAGCUGCAAGAGGUGGCCGCGCGGGCAGCGAAGGCGGAGCGCGAGGCGGCGCACCUCGCCGCGCAGGUUGAGGCACUCCAGGAGGCUCUGACGCAGGCUCAGGCUCAGGUGGGAGAGCUGGAAGACGUCCGCGACGUGACCGGUGCGGCAGUGGCAUCCCUCGAGGCCACACUCGCUCGCAUCGAGAAGGCGGCGGCGGACACCGCCGCUGCGCCUGGCCGCGGCCGCCAGUUGGGUGGCUCCGUCGGCGGCGCGCGGCGUGUGCCGGUUGGCGGCGCCGCAACGCCGGGAGGUGACGGCCAGCAGGCUCAGCCUCAGGGCUUUGCGGGGCUGUCUCGUGAGCUGGUGCGGGCCAAGCUGACCGAGGCGGAGGCGCUGCGCAAGAUGCGGGCGGUGGCCAGGAACGAGGUGGAGCUGCGGCAGAAGCUCAUGCAGCGCGAUGAGCGCAUCACCGAGCUCAAGGAGCAGCUGGCGGCCAAGUGCCAGGCGUAUGAGGAGAUGCGGCGGCGCUCGGCGCUCAUGGAGCUGCCCGAAGCCAGCAGGCAGGCGGCAGCAGGUCCCGGUGCUGGAGCUGGGGCCGGGGUGGCGGCCGGCAGCGCGCGCGGCGCGGCUUUCCGGAGCCGUUCACCUUCGCCCAUCAGGGGUGGCGGACCAGGCGUGCCGUCAUCGCGCCCUGGGACGGCCGCUGGCAGGCGUGCGCCAGGCGAGCAUGCCGCGCCCCCUGCGGAUGCGGCCGCAGUCGCCGCCGGGGCCGCUGCGGAUGCGGAGCACCUGGCGGCGCAGGUGUCACAGCUGCGGCUGGAGCUGGCGCGGCGGCAGGCCGAGAUCGACCGCCUGCACGGGGCGCUGGCGGAGGCUCACGCCGCUGUGGCCAUACCCGUCACUGAGCCUCCGGCGCCAUCAAGGCCUCCCACUGCUCCGCCGCCAGCACGGCACAGCGGCGGACACGGCAACCCGGCCGCGCUCGAUCGCCUCAAGGAUCAGCUGGCAUCUGCUAAUGCAGAGCUGGCGGCCGCCCUCAGCUCCGCCAACGGCCUGCUGCGGCGCAUCGGCUCCGCGCCGCCCGCCAUGUCCUCAGCCGCCAGGCGCGGGGGCAGCCCUGCCCGCGGCCGCGCCCCUGCGGGUGGUGCUGCCUGCACCGACGUUGACAGCGUGACUUCGGGCUCGUGGCCCGAUUCUCAGCUCUCGCCUGGUGCUCUGAGUGCGGCCAUGGACCGGCUAACACAGGCCGUGCAGUCGGCGCUGCUUGGUGCUGCUGACCCAUCCAGUGCGCUACGCCGCCGUGGUGGAGCGGUCUCCCCAACGCGCGGCAGCGCCGCUCAGGCUGAGGAGCUGGCACGGGCGCAGCAGGAGCGCGCUGCGGCGGAGCGCCAGCGUGACGAGCUGGCCAGUCGCUGCAGCCGCAUGGAGCGAGAGCUGGAGGCGUUCCGCGCGCGCGUGGCGAUGCUGCAGACCGCAGCUCGACCUGCCGCUACCACAUCUGCAACAGCAGCCUCUGCGGCUGGCAGUGCGCCGGCGGCGGCUGCGGCGGCGCUUGAGAAGAGCGUGGCUGCGCUGCACGCCAUGUGUGACCGCGUGCAGCGGGCGGUUAGCUCGUCCACGGGCCCUGUGGACGCGUCGACUGUGCAGCAGGCGAUGCACGCGCUGUCCAGCGAGCUGGGAGACAUGGAGUCCGCGCUGGCACAGCUGCGCACGGUCAUGGACGGCGCCCAUUCGGGGCCUCCCGCCGCCGCUCCAGCCGCCGCCGCUGCAGUUUCCGGGCAGUUGGCGGCUCCUGCUGGGGCAGGCAGUCGGCGUCGCAUUGAGCCGCUGCCGGUGAGCCUCUUCGCCUCUCUGGCCGCCGUAGCGGCCGGAGGCAGCGGCGAGGGCGCGCGGGGAAGCGUUGCAGAUGCUGGCACUGCGGGGCAACAGGCAGUAGACUCGUCGACCACACCCGCGAGGUUUACGCUGGCUGCGGCCGAGCACACCCCGGCCACAACGUCCAGCUGGGCGACCGCCACGCCUGGCACGGCGCUGCACACGGGUCUGCCAAUGCCGCAGACAGCUGGACCGGCGCCAGCUGCCGUGGACACCGCCGCCAUGACGACAGCCCUUGCUGCAGCGCAGUCCCAGGCAGCCGCAAUGAGCACGGCUGCGGCGCAGCAGAAGGCGCGCGCCGACAAAUGGAAACAGCGCAGCAAGGAGCUGGGGGCGCAGCUGUCGCUUCUGACCGCCUCGGCCUCCGCCCGUGAGGCCGCGGCGUCGGAGCGCAACCUGGUUUCCGGCCAGCAUGCAGAGCAAGAGCUGGGCUGGUGCCGUGCUGAGAUUGCCAAACUGCAGGCGGCGCUGUCGGGGGCCGAGGCGGCGCGCAAGCAGCUGGAGGCUGGCCAGGGCGCUGGCGGCAGCAGCGAGCUGCGCGCCGCCCUGGCCCGGGCGGCGGAGGCGGCUGCCCGCGCGGCCACGCUGCAACGGCAGCUUGAGACAAAGCGGGCGCAGGCAGCCGCAGCAGUCGCCUCGCAGCGCGAGGAGGUGGCGGUGCUCAAGGCUCUGGUGGCGCAAGAGAAGGGCGAGCGUGCCCGGCUGCUGGUGUCGCUGCGUGAGAGCCACACCAAUGCGCAGCAGGCGGGAGACUCGGAGGCUAAGCUCCGCAAUGAGGCCCUCGAGGCGCACUCCGCAGCUGCAUCCGCGCGCGCCACUGCGGAGCGGCGGGAGGAGCGGGCGUCCGCCUGGCGCGACGAGGCCAGCACGCUACGACAGCAGCUGCAGCAGGCCGAGCGGGCUCGUGCCCAGCUGCUCUCGGGCCUGGAGAUGCGCCUGGCGGGAGCGGAGCGGCGGGCGACAGAAGCAGCGGCCGCGGCUGCCGCCCGCAUCGAGGAGCUUGUCGCCAAGCUGGCGGCGGCACAGGCGGAGGCGGCUGCAGCACCGGUGGCGUUCGAGACGCGCCUGCGUGACAUGGAGGCUCAGCUGGCGGAGAUGCAGGUACAGAGCGCUGCGGCGCAGCAGGCUGCGCAGAGCAGCGUGCAGGCAAGUCGGUGGGGCGCCCUGACGCGCGUGGUCCGCUACCAGGCCGCAGUCAAGUCGCUGCAGGCGGAGCUGACCAGCCGCCAUGCCGAGUGGGAGCGCGAGCGGGCGGGCCUGCAGGGCGCGGCGGAGACCGCGGUGCGGCGUGCGGAGACACUGCUUGCCGAGCUGACGGACCUACGACAGCAGGUGUCGGAGCUCAAGUCGGCCACGAAUGCGGACCGUCAGGAGCUGACCUCGCGGCAUGUGGCGCAUGUCCAGGAGAUGCAGCAGCGCAUGGAGCAGGAGCGGCGUGCCAUGGUGGAGGAGGCGGACGCGCGCGUGGAAGCCGCGGCCGCCGCCACGGAGGCCGCGGCGCAGCAGGCGGCGGGCGUGCGGCUGGGCGCGCUGGAGGCGGAGUACCGGGGCCGGCUGGCGGCGUUGGAGGCGGAGCGGGCGGGGCUCAGCCGCGAGUUGGAAAUGGUGCAGGCACAGUUCAGCCAGUACCAAAGCCAGAAGGCGGCGGAGGUGGCGGCGCUGGAGCAACGCGUCCGCGGCUACAUUGAUUCGGGUGCAGCGCCGGCAGCAGGCGGUAGCCGGCGUGCGGCCAAGCGUGCCCAUGGUGUGGAUGCAGGCAGCGAUGAGGACGCGUCAGCUGCGGGCUACAACAGCUCCUCCUUGCGACCUGCUUUCGGCGGGGGCGGAGGCUACCGUGGCGCAGGCAACAGAGCAUUGCGCCGCCAGCGGGGCGCGGGCAGCAGGGCCGCCGCUCGCACAGGCCGCAGGGGCGUGGCCGGGGCCGCCGGCAGCGCAGCUGCCGGUGUCGCGGCGGCCGUGCUGGUGCCGACCAUGCUCCAGCACAUAACGGUGCAGCCCAUAGGAGCCCAUCCCGCGGGACCGGGUGGGGCUGGGGCGCCGCUGCCGCAGCAGCCCACGCAACUGGCGCCGUCGCAGCUGGUGGCCCUGGCGCGUGGCACAGAGGCGCUAUCAGCGGCGCAGCGCGAGGUGGCGUUUGAGCGGUCGCUGCGCUGCCGUGCGGAGGCGCAGGCGGGGCUGCUGCGUGGCGCCAUGGCCCGACUGCGCGCCAAGCUGCGCACCGCGACUGAGGAGCUGGCGACGGCCCGCGCGGACGCCAUCUCACCUGACGAGCACCGGCAGCUGCAGACCGACCUCAGCGUGUGCCGCGAGCAGCUUAAGAGCUGCAGGGCAGAGAGCGCCCGCCGCCAGAAGGCGCUCACAGUACUGCAGGGUCUGGUGUCGCAGGACGGUGCCGCGGCCGCUGCAGGCGCCAGCGCUGCCGGCAUUGGUGCCGCCGCGCCCACGGCCUCUUCCGCAGCGCGCUUGCGCGCUGCUGCUGGCGGUCUCGCGUCUGCGGCGUCGCCAUUGCCCCUGCCGCCACGCGUCGCACCCGUUGCCAACCUUGGUGUCAGCUUUCCCCUGCCUCCUGGCUUCGAUGCUUUUGAUGGCAUGGCGUUUGGGUUGGGUGGAGGUCCAGCAGGCGGAGACUCUGACCCGCUUCCGGCGGCGCUUGAGGCUGCGGCGGCAGGCGCGCGGGCCACAGCUGUGGCGCUUGAAGCGGAGCGAGGAGCGCGUGCGGCGCUGGAGGCGAAGCUGCGAGAGACAAAAGCUGCCCUGGACCGCAAGACCAUCCUGCACAAGGAGGCCAAGCGGCGCAUGGAGGAGCUGGAGGCCGCGGCCUCGCAGCGAACCACUGCCGCAGCCGCCGACAGCGGCGCCGAGGCCCGCGCCAAGAGCCUGGCCGCCACCCUGGCUCGCAAGGAGGCUCUGGUGCGGGAGCUGCGGGAGAAGCUGGAGGCAGCUGCGGCGGCAGUGGAGCGCGGGGACGCGGCGGCGGCGGCGGGCGGCGAAGAGCUGGAGGGGGCGCGCAAGGCCGCGUCGCGGAUGAAGGCCGACCUGGCCAAGCGGGAGGCAGCGCUGCGGGGCGCCACCCUGGAGCUGGAAAAGGAACGCAAGAUGCUGGCCGCAGCCACCAAGCAGCUGGAUGAGGGCUCUCGGCGAGAGGCGGCAGCGCGGCGGCAGGCCGCCUCCGCAGCAGCCGCGCUGCGCCGGCGCGCGGGCGAGAUGCUGGAGGGCCUGCGCGGCCUGGCGCGAGUGCUGCUGCAGGCGGUGGCAGCCAUGGAUGUGGCAGCAGACCGCCUGCGGCAGCACCGGCCCGCGCAAGGGACGCCCGCCUUACGGCCGGCUGUAGCUGCCGCUGGCGGUGGCGGCGGCAGCAGCCGAGGUGGCGGCACUCGUAGUAGCAGCAGCGGCAGCGCUGCGGCGGGCGGCGAGGCGAUGUCGGCUGCGGACAUCUCUCAGCUGACCAGCCUCUCGCUAGACGACGUCCGGCACCUGCUGGGGCCCGAGGCGCCGCCGCCCGGCUUCGGGCUCACAGGCGGCGCCGGUGCCGCCGCGGAGGAGGGGGCGCUGCUGGCGCAGCCGCACCCGCUGUCCAACGGCAGCGGCGCCAGCGGCGCAGCGGUGGCGGCGUCGCUGGAGGCGGCACAGCGUGUGGGUGACCUGCUCGCAGUGCUGGAGGUGGCGAUGGCUACGGCGGCGGACGCGGCGGCGGACGUGCCAGCAAGCCCGACGUCAGCUGCUGCGGCGGCCUCAUCAGGAGCAGGGUACGGCAGGGAUGGGGAGCUGAUACGGGACCAGAUGCUGGCUGCAGUCGCCGCUGCGGCCGACCCUGCCGCGACGGCGUUCCUGCGCGGUCGCGGCAGCGCAACGGCGACGGCGGCAAGUGGCGGGGGAGGCAGGGCGGGGGCGAGGGCUGGGGCAGAGGCGGAGCUGUGGGAUGGAGGCACGCUGCAGGCGCUUGUGAGCAAGGCGCAGGAGGCGGCGCAACGCGCUGAGGGGACGCUGGCAGUGGCGCUGUGGCGCACCGGCGCACUGUGAGGCAGUGAGCAGAGGGUGAGGAUUCCUGCAGAGGCGUGCAUGCUCGUGGUGCCUGCUGCACGCAUGCGGUGGCAAAGAAACCGGUUGAUUGUAGAUUAUGCUUUAAGGAAACGAAAUGCGCAUGCCGUAUUGUUGGUCAUGUCACAGGUCAAGGGCCCUUGACUCACUGGCCGUGGUGGCUGAGUUCUGUAACCGUUUCAACUA